AUGCCUGUCUACGCAGAGGGGAUCCGCCACGAGCGGAAUUGCCCUGUAGGCGAGGCAGAGGAAGCCGCCGCCGCCGCCGCAGAAGCAGGAGCAGCAGAUUCUGUGUCUGAUCUAGUUGGAGACAGUUCUGAAGGGGAGACAACGGACACAGAGCAGCCAUAUGGAAGACACCGUAGAAGAAGGGGGGCACAGAAACUCUGCAGCGAGAAACGCUGUUGCACGUGGUUUGAUCUCUCCAAUUGGUUCGGUUUCUUGCCACUUCAGCUGUCCCAGGCGGACUUUCAGGCCUGCUUCACAGAUGUUGCCAAUGGGGGCCCGGGGUUGUACGAGAAGCUGGUGGUGUUGGGGGGCAAGACGUUAGAUAUUGUCUCAGAAAUGCAUUUCUAUGAGAUGUAUCCAGAGGCAUCGAAAGCCUUCGGGAUGCCUCAGGACAUGCGGGUGGAGCCCGAGGCGCUGCGGGUACUGUGGGCUCGCCGAAGGACGGAGCGAGUUUGCUCUCUCGCCGCGCUUUUCCUCUUUGGGAAAAGCUAUCUCGCGGCUGCUCAGAGCCUGCCCACCCGUCUGGCUGUCGCCAAGUAUGUUAAGGCGUGCGUCGGCUUCUGCUGCCGAAGCCCCGACACUGAAAACCUAUACAAGUGGAUGCCUGUCCUUGUGGAGCACAUCUUUUGGACGCAAAGACUGCGGACUGAGCGCCUCCACGAAGACAAUGCGCUGCUGCAGGAUUUGCAGGAACUCUUUGGUUACAAAUUUGAUCAUUUGCUGCCGAGAAUCCGUGAGUGCCUCGAGGGGGUGGCAGUGCCUCAGCGUUCGGACAGCCCUACAGGUCGCGAAUUGCUGAAGUUGUAUGCCACCGAUUAUUUUACAAAGCUUUCAGAGGAAGCAGGAGUCGAGCCUUCCCGCAGAGUGGUUUGGGUAGAGCAGGAGGUAGAGCACUUCCUUGGGGGGCCCGCUGUCGCCGUCUUCGCCGUUGCAUGCAUGUCAUUGGGACCUUAUGUCAUGGCGUUGAAAGAAGAAGGACCCACAAGAGCUCAGCAUUUUGUUGACAUGUUCGAGGCAUUGUUAGCAGCCUGUUGGGUGAUAUCUACGGAGGAGAAGGUGAAGAUUUGGAUGCCCAGUUUGAUUCAGAGGCUAAGACAGACUCAACUGGUGCUACAUAUGGCUCAAAUGGGGGACAAGUACUUUGCUAACAAAACACGUCUGCAAAAGCCCGCAAAAACUCCUAUUGAAGCGCGGCAGGUCGCUGCCUCCAACAACGGCUUUCUAGACCCCUUUGCUCUCUGGAAUGUGGACCCAAUGCGGCGUCCAGUAGCAGAAGCCCCUGUGGAGUAUCCGGGCCCUCCUCUGUACUACGGGCCCCCCGCCAGGGGAUCGACUCUAGACAGCGUGAGCUGCCCCCCCUGUUGUUUUUUGUCUGCUCCGCACCCUGCACCCCGUAUAGUGCCCGGAAGGCCCAGCAAGAAAACAGUGACACUGUUUGAUUCGGAAGAAAACCGAUAUGAGCUGUACCCGCUGGGGCCGCAAGUGUUUCCUCUGCACCGACGACGCCCAAACGCGCAUAUGCUCUCAAACAACAGCGCGAGAGACGGUCGUUCUUUGCGCAGCUGCUGCUCGGGGAGCCACCCUCCAGCAGCAGCUGGUUCCUCGGGGGGGGCCCAAGACAAAUGGGCACCUGUAGCCCAACGUGCUGUCGACGUCUCCAUUCAGACUCCAUCUCAGCAACGCCCCGCAGCAACAGAAAGGCAUGAAGCCUUAGCCGGAACCUGGUCAGGAGACUCCGGGAGGCCCUCGGUGGGCCCACCGACGGCGGGGUCUCCUCAAGCUGUGUGCGCGGUUAGACAUGGGGAAGGGGCGACCACCGCCUGUGCAGCUGAGCCGCGGGUGAAGAUUCGGUAUGUCGCUGACGACAGAGGAGGAGAAAGCUCCCAGAAGAACAGCGUUGAAGUAUACAUCGACGACGUGCUCGUCCAUGAACAGGCGUUGCCUCAAGAACGAGACCUCUCCGGAAGCGAGUUCAAGGCAGUGCUGUCGACUCCGACUGGGCUUCCUGUGGUAUUAAACUUUGCGCGAAAUGGAGAAGACGGGAAACCGACGGUGUAUAUAACGGAGGGGCGGUCUCCAGCCUUGGACUCUGGGGGUCUCCAGCCUGCUGACGGUGCGUACGGUGCGUCUCUGAAAGAGGUGCACGCAGCAGUAGCAGAAGCAUCAUCAGGUGCAGCAACAUUUGUGGCAGGAGACGCCAACCCGCAGGAAAGCUCUAGCUGUUGCUUUGCUUCGACAUGUGGCCCCAGACGCUCAGCAGCAGGGACAGGCAGACGGGUGGAAAGAGGAGGGGCCCCUGUAGAUAUCCUUGUUAGUCCUGCGUACCCUUUAGCCUCAGAUACUGGGAACCGCUGCGGCGUUGAAAUCCAAGAGGUCGAGCCCCCUGGCGAUGCGUGCAUUUUCGGCCAGUAUCUCAAGCAUUGUUUUGCUGCUCCUCCCCCUCGCAUCCCCCAACAACCCGCAUGGGAGCAAAUGCAGCUCCCUCGAUCGCCCGCCCCUCAAGUGUAUACUGUGCCCCGCAUAAGGGCCUACACGGGUCGCGCGGGCGUCCAGCGCUGA